AAGUUAAAGCCUCUUGGUCUUGAGAUUUUAUUUUACAAUUUAUAAACUAAAGACAGCACAAUGGAUAAAGAGAAAAUUUUGGGUUAUUUUGAGCAAGUGACUAAAGAAGAUCCAGAAAUAUCUGCUGCUGUUGCUGCCAUGAAAACUCUUCUUCAGUUUAUUGAACAUAAUAAAUUAGAGACAUUAUCUGAGAUGAGACAUAGAUUAAAAGACGCCAUUACUACUUUAACAACAGAUAUAGAGAACAGUUAUACAUCUAUUACAUCUGGUUGUGAUCUAUUUUUACGAUUCAUUACAUUAACAAAUCUGCAACAUUCGGAUUUUCAGGAAUGUCAGAAAAUCUUGGUAGAAAGAGGAAAAAUAUUUCUAGAGAGAAUAUCUAAUUCAAGGCAGAAAAUAGCUAGAAUAGCUCAUCCAUUUAUUACAGAUGGAACUACUAUAUUGACCCAUUCAAGAUCAAGAGUUGUUUUACAAGUGUUAAAAGAAGCCAGUUUAAAUAGAAAGAGAUUUAAUGUUUUAGUUACAGAAUCACUGCCAGAUAGAUCAGGUGAAGAGACCUAUAAGGAACUAACAGAAUUUGGUAUUCCUACAACACUAAUAUUAGACGCUUCUGUUGGGUAUGUUAUGGAGAGAGUAGAUCUUGUAUUAGUGGGAGCUGAAGGAGUGGUUGAGAGUGGUGGUAUAAUUAACAAAAUUGGUACCUUCUCGGCAGCUAUUAGUGCUAAAGCAAUGAAUAAACCAUUUUAUGUGGUUUCUGAAAGUUUUAAAUUUGUACGAUUAUAUCCUUUAAAUCAAACAGAUCUACCUUCUGAAUAUAAAUAUUCUUCCUCUGUGUUAAAAAAAAAAGGAAAAGAUUUAGAAAAAGAACAUCCAUCAGUUGACUACACGCCACCAUCUUAUAUCUCGUUAUUAUUUACUGAUCUAGGUGUAUUAACACCAUCAGCUGUCAGUGACGAACUUAUACAGUUAUAUAAAUAACGAUGAACUUAAUAACUGAAUAAAGUUAGAAAUUAACUUGAAAUUAUUGUGUCCUUUAAUCAACAUCAGCAACUAAAUUUGUGAUGGACUUAUACAGAUACGUAAAUAAAAUUGUG